AUGGCUGUAACAUCAACCAGCCACUCCUGUUUAAUGCGGAAGGUGAAGAGGGACAAGGAAACAGAGGUGUUUCAAGAUUGCUUGGAAGGCGUUAACAUGCAGGACCUUGCAUUUUAUUGAUCACGGCGAGGCUGGUUAGAUAAAGAAAUAGUCUUCUACUAUUCCUUUUAUUUCAAAUGUGUAAAGAGACAUGUAACCCCAUCAAAUGACGAAAAUUGUCUUGGUAUUAAGAUUAUAGGCGUUAUAGAAUCAUCUCACCUGGACUCUUUAGUGACUGGUUGACUGCUAAAAAAUGUGGGGAAAACAUAACAUUUCAAACAACAAAAAACAACCGCUGUCUUGUCACUAGAAUACUAAGUUGAAAGACGCUUACUAUUCCGGAUUGUUCCCAAUAUGGGACUGUUGCUAAAUAGGAAGCAGAAAUUUAAUUAAGGUCCCUCUAAACUUUGAAUGAGAGGUAUCAUUGUAUUUACACUUUACAAUUUGCACAAAGGCCUUUUUUAAAGAAAAAAAUAUUAGUAGAAGAACCACCAGUACUAACAAAUCUCUAUUUUCAACUUCAAGAGGAAGGAGAAGAAGAAGAAGGGGGACGAGAAAGUUGUAAAAUCCCACAUCCAAUCCAUAGAGGACGAAAUAAGUAAAUUAUGUCAAGGUAUAUUACUCAUCUUAUAUUAUUGUGCCCUCUAUAUAACGGAACGUUUUUCUUAAUCAAACUUCUCCUUUGAUUCUUUUAUGAUCAAAGCAUAAUGCAUGCCUGAUGAUGAACGUUUAAUUUGUCUAGGAAGAAAAUUGUAUUUGAUUAAAAAAGAAAAACGUAGGCUGCAUUUAUAAGAGUGAUGUUUGUGGUUUUAAUUUUAACUUCAGAUUUCAAAGUUGAGGAAAUGUUCUCUCCUGUGGAAACUUUAAAUCCGACCAAACCAGGAAGAAAUGAAGGUGAGAUACAGGUAGUUAUACUAAUUUUAUUAUGUUAAAACUUUGACUUUGGGUUCCCCCCUGUUAUCCUUAGUUUCGUUCCUUUAGCUUCACUCACGCCCGUCGUUUCUUUUGCAGAUGACGCCAACAACAAAGAAGAACUACAUGGAGAUGACCCCUGGCAAAUGGAAAGCUUUCCAAAUGGUUAGUGAAACUUCGAUAUGGUAAAGGGGGAUUAUUGAAGUCCUUUCACAAUUCCCAAAAAUAACAGUCACAAUGAGAAUCAUGCUCACGUCAAAAGAAGUCUUUAUAUCUCAUUAAUUUUCUGAGUAAACCCCGAGUCAUGGAAAUACUUUAUACCACCCUCAUUAAGGGUGGGAAGAAAGUAUUGCGCUAUGCGUGUUCGAGUAGAGACCUUGCAUUUAACUUUCUGUUUAUUUUCCUUUCCCCACAAGGGUUAUUCCUAUGCACUGAAGCAAUCCGUCAUAGCCAAGGAGAACGAUUGCUCAAAUGUUAGUGGUUCGGGUGAGUACAGCACGAGUGCAUACAGCCAUUAAACAUUUUUCUAGUUGACAUAAGGGUGCUUUUACAUACACUGCUUACGUGUGAAAUAAGGUGUUUGUUGAUGUUACUUUAAUAAUGUAGGGGGUACAGAUUUUGAAAGAGUCGAGGUACCCAACACCGAAAACUGAACUGAAUAAAUAUUCAUGGUAACAAAGAGAAGCGCAUACAAUAAAGCAGACUGAGCAAAAAUGUACCCUAACAAUAAGACAGAUUUUUUAAAAUACAGUUCUAAUUUAACACGCAAUCUCGUUGGUUGAAUAAGCGUGUUAUGUACUCAUCCAGAGUAUAUAAAACACGGAGGAAAAGAUGUAAUGCCAUUUGCCCAGUGUUUUUAUUUGUUUUGAACAUUUGAAAGUAAUAAAUGUGGAAUUUAACUGAUUCUUUAUAUUAAACAAAUAAAAAGGCCUUGGCCGGGCUCUAUUCUGACAUAAAGCAUUUUGGAAGCAGCGGUAGAGUGCUCGAGAAGAAGCUGGGGAGAAAAACUUGUGUCAUGUAUGUGUCGAGAUUUUCCCUCAGGUGUGCUUUAACAGUUUUCUGUAAUUUCUUUAUAACUUUCCCAAUCCGGCAGAUACAGAGACAUCCGAUAAUGAUUCAGAUUCCGCGGAGGAAACCAGAAGAGAACGAGGUAAUUUCAAUCGAAGCGAAAAUGAUGAAAGGCUUUAAUUUAUGAAUAUGUGUGUAAUUUGUAUUAUGUUUUAAGCAUGGUAUAUUCCUCCCUGCUUGAAAAAAUAAUUAAUUGGUNAAUAAAUGUGGAAUUUAACUGAUUCUUUAUAUUAAACAAAUAAAAAGGCCUUGGCCGGGCUCUAUUCUGACAUAAAGCAUUUUGGAAGCAGCGGUAGAGUGCUCGAGAAGAAGCUGGGGAGAAAAACUUGUGUCAUGUAUGUGUCGAGAUUUUCCCUCAGGUGUGCUUUAACAGUUUUCUGUAAUUUCUUUAUAACUUUCCCAAUCCGGCAGAUACAGAGACAUCCGAUAAUGAUUCAGAUUCCGCGGAGGAAACCAGAAGAGAACGAGGUAAUUUCAAUCGAAGCGAAAAUGAUGAAAGGCUUUAAUUUAUGAAUAUGUGUGUAAUUUGUAUUAUGUUUUAAGCAUGGUAUAUUCCUCCCUGCUUGAAAAAAUAAUUAAUUGGUAUAUAUGUUGAAACAUACAAAACGUAAAAUUAAUUUUUUUUCUGCCAAGAAAUGCGCAUAUAUUUCCUUUUAAUAAGUUUAUCACCGCAGUUUGCAUUUUGUUUCUUCUUAAGCUAAGAUAGCAAAAGGUACCUACGAUUUGGUUAUCCAGGCACGGGGAAUAAUAAAUCAAUUUCCGGCUUUUUCUAUUUAACUUUCCCAAUAAACAGCAGAUAAACAGCCUUCUGAGUGUUCUGAAGCAGACAAUUGUCAAGAGUUGUCUCAAGCAAGUGAAGGUAAGUUUAUGCAAAGCAAAAACGUAUGAAAGGUGUUUACUGGCUAAAGUGGGUUUUAAAGUCAGAAAAAUGUUCAGAAUAAUUCUGUUAUUUUGUAACUACAGUAGUGGAUCAAGACACAAUUAACGAAUUAUGCUGAAUAGAAGAGAAAGCAGUGGUUACAUAAUAUGCUCAAACAGAUUUCAUUGUGAUCAGGCACCCCAUCCUUUUUUUAAAUUUUGGCCAUACCUUUUGUCUUUACCUAAACUGAAAACCAGCCAUAUCAGAAGGCGUCGUUGGAUAAUCAAUUUUUUCUUUGAAUAAGUAGGAGAACAAAAAAUUUAAUGUUCAAGUAACCUUUCAUUCAAAAUCUUAACCUAUCUACAAACUAUGUUUAUAUAUUGAUAUGCUGCUAUGAUCCACUUCAGGCAUUGAAUAUAACUCUCACAUCACCGGGGCCAUUGGGGUGACCCAAAGGGUACCCAAAGGUAUGAUUAUGUUAUUUUUCUAUAUCUCUUUCAAUCUCUAUCAGCAAGGAGCUGUAUAAUUAAUUCUACUGUGAGCCGAAGUUGAAAAAACGAAUUAUUGAUAUAUAAUUUCCAUACCAAGUUAUUUUGUUAUUCCCAAAUCGUUUGCAUUUUGAAUUUACAUUGUUAGGAAAAGAGUCAGUAACAGACAUGUGUCUUGUGCCAUGAAAAGACCCCGCCGGGGAAGAAAACCCCAAUCAUCGAAUGGGUGGAGUGUUCGUUGUGCCUCAAAUGGCAUCACUAGUAAGUAAAUAAAUAUGUCAAUCCAAGAAUGCAAUAUUAAAUUAAACAGUGAUGAACUCAAUAAACUACCACUACUAACACUACUACUGAAUAAGUUAGCUCUGAAAUUAAUCUGUUCGUGUCACAAUGUACUCGACACACUACUCUCGUUAAGUAAAAUAUAACCUAAUAUUACCUGUAUUGAAUUAGAGUAUACUAUUUGCUUUGCUUAGUAAUUUAUAAUUUUAGAAAUCAAAAUCAGCUUUUAUAAUACUGUAAGAUGUUACACUCAUUUUGAUAAACAAUCUACCACUACUACUACAAUAUUACUCCUACUAAGUCACAUCCCAACGCAUAGUAUAUUUCUCCUUUGAAAGUGUGUAUUUGACAAUUUACUCACACGAUCAACAUAUAUAUUUUUGCUCAUUCUUUUUCUUUAGCCGAUGUGCAGGAGUGAAAACUAAGCCACUUGGGGACUAGUGGUGCAACGACUGCACAAUUGGCGAAAUGUCCAAUCGUCAUAGAUGAGAAGAAGUUAGAACAAUUUCCCUACUGUUCACAUGAGUGAACUAAAAGUGUGGAAAAGAAAUAAAAUCAAGAUGUAUUAAUUCUAUUUGCAUGUAUCUUGCCCCUCGCCUGCCACAUUUAAAAUGACAAUACGGUAAUUAGUCGGAGAUGGAGUGAAGGGGUUAAAGGGCGGCAGCGCUCAGUUAAUAAACAAGACACUAUUGGAGCAUGCACUUAGCCACCAUGGUAUCACGCGUACGUGAGGUUUCUUUGUGGCAGACACGUGUGUCUGUCCCAAUGAUUUUAAUAGCUCACAUUCGAUACAUUAAAAUUCUAACAUGACUCCGAGGCUUUCUGGUCGUUUUUUACAAUUUUGUUUAGUUUUCUUUGUGCUAAAGACUCUUCUGAUAAUUGCGAGACAAUGGAGUAGAGAAAAAUUUGCAACUUUGACCCUAAAACCUCGCAGUCAUGUUGGAAUAUAUCAAAUACAGGCUAUUGUUAAGGGUUGAUUGAAACGGGUGAAAAUGGAGGCGUGGACCUUUAGUGGACAUUGCUUAGUAUGUAAAUAGCUGGAAUUUUUCUCGGGAAUUCCUGACGUAAGCUGCUGCCAACAUGCAAAACUACCAGGAAAUGUCAUGGACCGGUAGCAACUUCCCUAUUAUGAGUUGUAAGAGAACGUACAAGUGAUCUCUCACUUCCUUUCCUUGGACUUUUCUCUUGGCUCUCCUUCUUGCAAGCCACUCACGCGUUACUUCUCUCCAUAUCCUUGAUGCAUCAGCCAAAUCCAAUGCAUGCAUUUCUUCCCACAGGAGUUUGCCAUCCAAAGCCCAAAAAUGCUAAUGCCCGCUGAUUGGCCCGGCAGUCUGGGUGCAGUUGGAUUUGACUAAUGCAUUAAAUGAAGAGCUUGCUUGAAGGCUGUUAUGGUUUUCAUUGUUAUGAAACGAGAUGGUUGUAUCGUCAUCAUAAUUGCUCAGUCAUUUCCAAGCAUAUCUACAGCUAUUUUGAGAAAGGUUGUCAGAAAAAGUGCACGCAAAAAUCCUGAAAGGUAUUGUGGGUGGUUUUGAAUUCACUGUUAUUCAAAGAAAUUUGAAAGAAUGACACGAGAGUCCACGGAAGUAUGUUUGCGGGUGCUAAAAGAAAGCAACAAAAGUAGGUUCGACAGCUACAGUAACAGCAACAGUGUAUUGAUCAUAUCCCAUAAUACCUUUCUGGAUUGUCGAAUGCACAUUUUGUCGGACAACCUUUCUGGAAAUAGCUGUAUACCCCAAAAGUAUAUGUCAAGUGUAGAAAUUGCCUUUGGUUCUCGACAUCUGGGCAACAGGGCAACAAGGCAGCAGGGCACCUACAAUCGGCGACAAAAUGAGUUGAGACACUUCGCCCAAAACUGGGCUUUUUUACGUUUUAUUAACUUCAAAAGGAGGAAAUAUAGCUUUCCUCCCCCAUCCCCUCUGUACAAUGUUGUGCCCUUGUUCUAGCUGCCUAAAGAAAACAACAAACACCCCAACUUUGAAUGGAGGGGACAGCGGAGGGUUGCGGAUUCUUUUGUUCUCCGAAAUUACCCUAUUUAAGAACAAUGUCUUAACAAUUUUCUCGCCGAUUGUAUAAAUCUCAAAAGUGGUCAUACGUCCUUUAGAAAGGUAAUUGAAUUCAUUUCUUUAUGCUGUGAUGAAGAACCCCUGGUGGCUUUUUAUUUGUUGUGUUCGACUUCAUCAUACCUAUUUUAGAACAAUUAUUAGAGUAAGGCGAUUUUGUUAUUUUCAGUGCAUGACAUUUUGUGUCACGCUUAACAGUGCCUUGACAUCGUGCAAUGUGGUGCGUCGCGCACGAUUUCUUAUUCUCUUCUUUAUCGAAACGCAUCGAAAAAAAGAACAAAGUGAAAAGGAAAUAAUCUGAUGAUCUUUUAAGAAUGAAGUUGGUUACUUGUGGUUACUCGUGGCCAGUCCCCUCCUGAACUCAUAGUUUCUACUGUAAAGUACAUUCUUCAAAGAGCCUUAUGGGUAUAUGGGCAACGAAUCUGCUGCACAGAUUUAGCGAUGCUAUGGAGCUUUGCUGUGCAUUAGAAGUUGGAACAUUUUUCCUCAAAAUUCUCCUGGGCAUAGCAAUCAUGGCUAUUUUAUCGUCCAUCCCACCCUUGUCAAAUAGCCAAACUUCGAAUAAACACUUUCGAACUUACUAGGGAUAUAUUCAAAUACAAUAUAUUACCUGCCAUCGAUUCCUACCAAUCACACUUAGUUACCAGAGGAAAACCAAUCAUUCGGUACGUGGGUAUGCUGCGUAAUUUCUUGAAAACACUACCGAGAACAAAGAUUGUUCAACUAAUUUUCCCUCGAAAAACACAGGAAAGGGAUUAUAUGGGUAUCUUUUCUAUCUUCUGACAAACGACCUGGUGAAUAUAGUAGUCUCAACUAGUUACCAUCUCCUAACAGGUGCUAAUAAGACAACAGCGCAUAGAUUUCGAUUCAGACAAUCGGCAACAAAUGAGUUGAGACACUUCGCCCAAAACUGGCUUUUUUUUACGUUUUAUUAACUUCAAAAGGAGGAAAUAUAGCUUUCCUCCCCCAUCCCCUCCGUGCAAUGUUGUGCCCUUGUUCUAGCUGCCUAUAGAAAACAAUAAACACCCCAACUUUGAAUGGAGGGGACAGGGGAGGGGUGCGGAUUCUUUUGUUCUCCGAAAUUACCCUAUUAAAGAAUAAAUGUCUCAACAAUUUUGUCGCGGAUUGUAGGCAGCAGGGCACCCAGGGCAACAAGUGCAACAAGGCAACAAGGGCAACAAGGCAACCAUGGCAACAGGGCAACCAGGGCAACAAUGCAACAAGGCAACAAGGCAACAGGGCAACAAGGGCAACAGGGUAACCAGAGCAACAAGGGCAACAAGGGCAACAGGGCAACAGGGUAACCAGAGCAACAAGGCAACAAGGGCAACAAGGGCAACAGGGAAACAGUGCAACAGGGCAACAAGGGCAACAGGGGAGAACCAGUAAGUCACUCCUAGUUUAGGGUGUUGAGAUAAAGUGGUAAUUAGAGAGCUAAAACUUCCUUAGAUUACUUACUGAAUUCACAAUAGCCAUUCCUAACGUUGUCUGACUGUAGGUAUAUUCAUAGCUUCAGCACACUUUAUUAUUUACAUAUUCCCAUAUUCCCAUAUGCCUUAUAUACUUUAUAUUUCUUUAACGCUAGAAGAAUUAUUAUCAAAAAUCCAUUGACAAACCACAGCACAUCUUAUAAGAGCUGCGUACUGCCUCCAGUGGUGUAGUGCCCUGUCUUGAAAGUUCUGACUGGUUUCCUUUCAGCUGAUUGAUUCGUUUUUUUCACUGUAUGCAGCCAAUUUGCACUCAGUUUUAUUCGUAUAUGGUAAGUGAUAAAUUUUCCUACUGUUGGGUCUAAUUU